AACUACGCUCCCGUCGUGCCCCGCGGCGCCAGGCGGAGUGGGGCGGGCGGCCGGUUGCUAAGACUUGGUGAAGCGCAGCGCUCGCGCCCGUCUCCUCAGGUGGCUGCAGGCUCUGCCCCGGCCAGUCAUCACAGCAGAAAUGUCCGGAAAGGAGAACAAUUUCCCGCCGCUGCCCAAGUUCAUCCCCCUGAAGCCGUGCUUCUACCAGAACUUCUCCGACGAAAUCCCCAUCGAGCACCAGGUCCUGGUGAAGAGGAUCUACCGGCUGUGGCUGUUCUACUGCACCACCCUGGGCGUCAACCUCGUCGCCUGCCUGGCCUGGUGGAUCGGCGGCGGCUCAGGAGCCAACUUCGGCCUGGCCUUGGUCUGGUUGCUGCUCUUCUCCCCCUGCAGCUAUGUGUGCUGGUUCCGGCCCGCGUACAAGGCCUUCCGAGCCGACAGCUCCUUUAACUUCAUGGCGUUUUUCUUCAUCUUUGGAGCCCAGUUUGUUCUGACCGUCAUCCAGGCAGUCGGCUUCUCCGGGUGGGGUGCAUGUGGUUGGCUGGCAGCGAUCGGGUUCUUCCAGACCAGUGUCGGGGCCGCCGUGAUCAUGCUGCUUCCAGCCAUCAUGUUCUCCAUGUCAGCCGCCAUGAUGGCCAUUGUGAUCAUGAAGGUGCACAAGAUCUACCGGGGGGCCGGCGGAAGCUUCCAGAAGGCGCAGACGGAGUGGAACACGGGCACUUGGCGGAACCCGCCGUCUCGGGAGGCACAGUACAACAACUUCUCGGGGAACAGCCUGCCCGAGUACCCCACCGUGCCCAGCUACCCGGCCGGCGGCAGCCAGUGGCCUUAGAUGGAGCGGCCAGCCUGCCUCCCCCCCCACUCCUGCUGCCACCCUGGGUCCCCUGAGCCCCUAAGCCUGUACCCCUGCCCUUUCCAGGCAGCGGCUCGGCCCUCCCCCAGCUGGGACGGCAGG